UGUCGGGCCUUCCCCUCGGUCUCAUCCCCCCCCUCCGCGCCGGCCUCAAGAUGGCCGCCCUCUGGAGUCUGCGCGGCUGUUGAAUGGCGAAAGCUUUAUUGUUCCCUUUGGGUAGGAGUGUUCGUGUCCUCUAUGGCGCUAUCAAUAAAGAACGGCAGUUUGAAUCGGUGCUGAACAGGACUGAUCCUCACCGCGAACUCUGGCAGGAGAGAGGAAGAGAGGGCCUAGGGGCCGGGCUGACGCCAUGGAGCUCCCCAACUACAGCCGGCAGCUGCUGCAGCAGCUCUACACCCUGUGCAAGGAGCAGCAGUUCUGUGACUGCACCAUUUCCAUCGGGACCAUUUACUUCAGGGCCCACAAGCUCGUCCUGGCUGCAGCCAGCCUCCUGUUCAAAACCCUGCUGGACAACACAGACACCAUCUCCAUUGAUGCGAGUGUGGUGAGCCCUGAGGAGUUUGCCCUCUUGUUGGAGAUGAUGUACACUGGCAGACUGCCUGUGGGCAAGCACAACUUCUCCAAAAUCAUCUCCUUAGCCGACAGCCUCCAGAUGUUCGAUGUGGCCGUGAGUUGUAAAAACCUUCUGACCAGCCUCGUGAGCUGCUCUGUCCAGGGCCAGGUGGUGAGGGAUGUGUCUCCGCCAGCCUCCGAACCGCCCGGGAAGGAAUCGGAGAAGUCUGAAGUAGAAGUUCUUUCCUCUACAGAACCUCCUCCCGCCGAGGUGUCUGCCACGGCUGGGGGCCCUGUGAAAGCUGAGGCAGAGGAAGCAGCCCCUGCAGCUCCACAGGACACCGGGGUGGACCCUGCCAGUGGUCAGGAGACGGUGGGUGGCGCAGGAGCUCCAGUGGAGCCUUCUCCGACCGCUGAAAGUCGUUGCCCGUCCCCUGUUGUCCAGACCUUUAGUGAGGCAGAGGAGGCAAGCACCGAGCCAGAAUGUGAGAGGCAGCGCUGCCACCUGGAUUUCCUUCUGGAAAAUGAAAGUGUCUUCUCAGACGCAGUCUUGGUUACUCAGGAUGUUUUAAAAAGACUAGAAGAAUGUUCAGAAAUUAAAGGCCCGCAGAAGGAGACCCUAGUGGAAUGUCUUAGGGGUGAAGGACAUUCAGCAUUUCAGAGAAUCCUGAAUAAAGUAAGAGAGGAGAGCCUGGAUGCUUCGACUGUUGUGUCCCUGUUGAGGCUGUGCCAGGAUUCUAAUCCUGCAGUCAAGGCAGCUCUGUUACACAGAACACCCAAAGAUGCAGAAACAGGGCUUCCCACAGGGAGCACGGAGCAGGGAAAGACCUUGUCUGUCCUAUUACUAGAACACAAAGAGGGCCUGAUACAGUGUGUGACACAGCUGAGGCCCAUUAUGGAGUUCCUGGAAACAGCCAAGGAGGGAUUCCUGCCCUGCACUGAGAAAAGGGUGAUUCUGAAUUGCUGUGAGGGCGGAACACCCAAGGAGACGAUAGAAAAUUUGUUGCACAGAAUGUCUGAAGAGAAGACCCUGACUGCUGAGAGCGUGGUAAAACUCCUCCAGGCCGUGAGGAUGACGUUCCCAAACUUGGGCCUUCUGCUGGAGAAUUUGCAGAGGUUAGCUGCUCUGCCCAGUGCCACAGGCCAGUCGAGCCCUGAUGAUUAUGGGACGGAGCUGUUGAGACGGUAUCAGGAAAACCUCUCUGAGAUUUUCACAGACAACCAGAUGUUACUAAAGAUGAUCUCACAUGUGAGGGGUUUAGCCCCUGGAGAAAGAGAGGUCAUGGAGGAGCUUGUGAAACGUGACCGUGGUUCAGGGGGAUUCAGCUCCCUGACGUCAGCAGUUCUAGAAAAGCAGACCCUCUCUGCGACAGCCAUUUGGCAGUUGCUGCUGGUGGCUCAGGAAACCAAGUCCUGCCCGUUGAACCUGCUCAUGGAACAAGUACGAAGGGAGCCUGGUGCAGAUGCCUUCUUCCGGGCAGUGACCGCUCCAGAAAGUGCUGCCUUAGAAGCAGUCGUGAGGCACAGCGGAUUGAUCAGAGAGGCCAUCCAGCAAAGGCUGGAGCUCAAGUCCCUCACCCCGGAGCAGCAGCGCCUGGCGGAGGCUGUGAACGAGACUCUGAGCGUUUCCUCUGAGACAGCCAGCCCUGAAGCCUCCCUGAAAACGGUGCUGAGCAGAGCCACGGACAAGUCAGUCUCCGUCACUGAAAUAUGUCACCUCCUGUGCACUGUCCAUAAAUCUUCUCCAGGCCUGCAGCCCGUCAUGCAGGAGUUAGCGUUGCUGGGUUUCCUUACUAAGGAAGACGGAGAGAAGGGAGCGUGGGAGGUGAGCAACAAAGUUCACCUGGAAGCCAGCAACAAAGAAGAUGCAGGGGCGGCGGAGCCAGCAGCAGACGCCCGGCGGUCUGGGGGACAGAACGGUCAGGGAGAGGCUGGCUCCUCGCCAGAACCUGCGGGGAAAGACACCUCUGCCUCCCCGGACGCUGCCAAGAAGAGCUUCGUGUGUAAGGCCUGCGACAAAAGCUUCCACUUCUACUGCCGCCUGAAGGUGCACGAGAAGCGCUGCCGGGCGGCCAGGAGCAAGCAGGUGCAGUGCAAGGAGUGCAGCGAGACCAGGGAGUCCAAGAAGGACCUGGAGCGGCACCAGCUCGAGGUCCACGGUGCCAGCGGCGAGGCUGAGGUCCCCAAGAAGAAGAAGAAAAGGCUCCCGGUGACCUGUGACCUCUGUGGGAGGGAGUUCGCCCAUGCCUCAGGCAUGCAGUACCACAAGCUGACGGAGCACUUUGAUGAGAAACCUUUCUCGUGCGAGGAGUGUGGCGCCAAGUUUGCCGCCAAUUCUACCCUGAAGAACCACCUGCGCCUUCACACCGGGGACCGCCCGUUCAUGUGCAAACACUGCCUCAUGACCUUCACCCAAGCCUCUGCCCUGGCCUACCACACCAAGAAGAAACACUCAGAAGGGAAGAUGUACGCCUGCCAGUACUGUGAUGCCGUGUUCGCCCAGUCCAUUGAGCUGUCCCGCCACGUGAGGACGCACACCGGGGACAAGCCCUAUGUCUGCAGGGACUGUGGCAAGGGCUUCCGGCAAGCCAAUGGCCUCUCCAUCCACCUGCACACCUUCCACAACAUAGAAGACCCCUAUGACUGCAAGAAAUGCCGGAUGAGCUUCCCCACGCUGCAGGACCACCGGAAGCACAUCCACGAGGUGCACUCCAAGGAGUACCACCCCUGCCCCACGUGCGGCAAGAUCUUCAGUGCACCCUCCAUGCUGGAGCGGCACAUGGUGACCCACGUCGGGGGGAAGCCCUUCAGCUGUGGCAUUUGCAACAAGGCCUACCAGCAAUUAUCUGGUCUGUGGUACCACAAUCGGACCCACCACCCUGACGUGUUUGCCGCUCAGAACCACCGGUCUUCCAAGUUCUCGUCCCUGCAGUGCAGCUCCUGUGACAAAGCCUUUCCCAACACCAUCGAGCACAAGAAGCACAUCAAAGCAGAGCACGCAGAUAUGAAGUUCCACGAAUGUGACCAGUGUAAGGAGCUCUUCCCCACGCCAGCUUUGCUGCAGGUUCACGUCAAGUGCCAGCAUUCAGGGUCCCAGCCAUUCAGGUGCUUGUACUGCUCCGCGACUUUCCGCUUCCCCGGGGCGCUGCAGCACCACGUCACCACCGAGCACUUCAAGCAGUCGGAGAGCACCUUCCCCUGUGAGCUGUGCGGGGAGCUCUUCACCUCCCAGGCCCAGCGCGACGGUCACUUGGAGUCUGAGCACCCAAAGGUGAUGGGCGCCGAAACCCAGGCAGCUGCCUCCCAGGUGGUACAGGUGAUCCAGACCGCGGAGCCCGCGGCUUCGGCAGAGCAGGUGAUCACGCUGGAGGAGGCCCAGCUGGCCGGGUCGCAGGUGUUUGUGACGCUGCCGGAGUCUCAGACACCUCAGACCAGCUCUGAGCUCGUGGCCGUGACUGUGGAGGACUUGCUGGACGGCACCGUGACCCUGAUCUGUGGAGAAGCCAAGUGAGUGGCUGUCGUCCAAGGGAGGGGCUCCUGCGUGUGCACCAGAGACGGCCCGGUCGCUGCCAUCUGCCCCGCGUCCCCGGCUGUCCUGAGCCUACGGCCAACCAGAGCGGCUCCCUUGGAAAGCACGCGGAGCAUCGUUGUUCCCGUGGAGCCCACACGUCUGACACCACCAUCUGCCACAGCAGGCAGCCUGUGCCUUUGGCCUCUGAGACACCGCCAGAUCCCCUGCCAAGGACAGCUUCCAAAACCCAGGGCACGAGCAGUGGGGCGUGCCGUGUGCCGGCAGUGCUUGGUGGCAGAAUGGCAGUUAGAAAUGCUGCCAGUGCCUCCAGCCAGCCCAUCCUGGGCCCCGGCUUUGAGCUCACGUGCCCCUGCCCCCCACCUGGGUCGGGCUUCCCCUGCACCCAGAAGCUGUGCCCAGCUUGGUGGUACAGGGAGGUCUUUCCCUGGCAGGAGGGACAGCUCUUCCAGACAGAGCCCUUGGGGUGUUCCUGCCGCCUGGCUGUAAUGGAGACCAUCUGGGGCCGGAGACAGUCCCCACCUUUCCAGUAUUUCCGUCGUGGUGUCCCUUCCUGAAGGCGGCGCCCGCAGUCUCCCCUGCAUGCUCAGCCUCAUCCUCUUCCUGCACUCAGAGGCCGACACCUCCGCCUGCCUUGCAGGCCGUGCGCCCUCACAGGCCGUGCGUCCUCACAGGCCGUGCGUCCUGCCGUGAGGAGCGGUUAGUGCUGGCUGCGGGCCGCCGCUGCCACAGGGCACCGAGCCUUUGGAGUCGGAAUUUCAUGAAGCUUUCUUAUCUUUAGUUCCUAAGAUAUAAUCUGAUAAUUAAUGGUUCGUGGAAGCCAUUACGAAGUGCAAUUGGAUGGAUGGUUCCCCGUUUAGAGAGAAUCACUAGCCGCCUUCUUUCCUCGAAGCCAAAGGUUGCAAUGUGCAGGCGUGUUUACACCAGGCAGGCCUCCCUGCCACACAGUGUGGCUGGACUCCCGGGAGGGGUGUUCUGAUCUGGCCACCAGCCCUGGAGCCUGAGACUGGCAGAGACAGGCCCGGCCCCCUGCCCAGGCCCGGCUCGUGGCAGGGCUCAGUGUGGGCGGGGCUGCGCUGUGCCAGGGCAGGCCGCAGAGCCUUCCCGCUGACCACCGUGUGCACAGGCAGCUGGCCCCCACAGAGCUUCCGCAGAGGGCUCAGCCAGCGCUUCCCAGGCAGCCGCUGGCCUCUGGCCUGUCCCUGUGUUGAUAGGCAAAUCGCUUGGGCUAUCAGUUCAGAAUCUCCCCAUUCUGAAGUAAGUGAAGUGUUAAAGAGAGUCGGCCUCAGAAGCCAGGGACUGACCAGAAGAUGGUGCUCAAGCCUUUAAGACUUUGCCUCCCUGCAAAGACCUUGCUGCUGCGACCAGGGCUGCCCGUCUCCUUAGGGCUUAGCCCUGGGAGCCACUGGAAGCCCUCACAUGGCAAGUGGCAGCAGGUAAAGCCCGCUGAAAGGCAGGGGGAGCACGUGCGUCCAGGCCUUGGCACCAAGCCCAGCGCACAAGGCUGCAGCUCCUCGCACAGCACGGCGCGAGUGUGGCUCAGACUCCAGCCAGAAAACGAACGGAAGCAGAAAGUCAGCUGCCGAGGGCCUGCAGGGGACAGUGACCUUGGCUGAAGGGCUGCUGGACGGAGAACUGAAGUUCUAGCCCAGCGGCAGACGCUGUCCUGCUCGGGCUCUGCUGGAGAUCCACGGCGGGGCCGGGCCCUGACUCCCCGGAGUGGCAGCUUGCGGGGCGGGGCCAGUGGAGAGGCGGGACUUGCUGAGACCUCAGGGGCCCUCAGUGCGGGGCGGGGCCCAGUGCGGGUCUGGUCGGAGUGCAGGGAGGGCCCGCCUGAAUCAGCUACUGGCCCCACUGCGCCCCUGCCUCUGCCUCUGCCUCUGCCGGCUGAGUUCACAGUCGCCCCCCGGAGAAGCCCAGGCAUGGGUUCCAUUGCGCUUGUUCCACUCUGCUUGGCCGUUUUAUUCAUUUCUUGCGCUUCUGCCCAAGAGACCUUCUGAUUGCCUCAUUCCGGAGGCGCUGCCCGUGCAGCCCAGCUGAGGCAUUGCAGGGCUGUGGAGAAGUCUGCCGACGUUUUGGGACCCGUGGAUUGGUUCCGUCGGCCCCCAGCCUUCGUGACUCCCAGAGCCCGGGAUCCACUGUGAGGAGGGAACGGUGGUCAGCGUCGUAGCUGGAGCCCUGCUGUGGGAGCAGUGAGUCAGCUGCGCAGCAGGAGCUGUCCUCACGGUGACGUGCGAACAGGUGGCUCAAGCACAGGGGCCCCGCAGGAAUGUGAGGCCCUUACUGACCUGGUCCCUGAGCCGGGCCAGGAACCAGAGGACCGCAGUGGGGCGGGCUGUGUGGGGCGUUCCGCUUUGCACUGCCUCCGGAGGCGCCCCAGCCUCGUCCCCCGGGCGAGCGCUGGUGGUGAGGGGCUGAGAGGUGGGCGGUGCCUGGGGACACGAAGUCUGUCCUCUGCCCGCAGGCUCAGGUGGACCGCAGAAUCAGGAGCGGUGAGGGCGUCCUGGGAGGUCCUCCGAGCCCGCGCUGCUGCCUGGCGGCCAGCACAGUGGACGGGCUGGGGCUGUGCCUUCACAGGUCUCCUGUGCUGAGGAGCGGGAGCCGGGCGGGCAGCUCCAAGGACUGAGCGGUGUUCUGGGGAGUGGGGGCCGCAGAAUUGGGUGGGACCUGAGUGGCUGCUUCAGGAGUGGUGGGGGCUUCAGUUGGCAUAACCAGAUGAGGAGCUGAGCAGCCCCAGCCCUGGCCUGCUUGGCCCAGUGUCCCAGGAAGGGGGAAGUAAAACAGAUUUAGGGCUAGAGGGAGUUUUGGGGACGAGUUAUUAAUUGUUUUGUUGCCAUGGAAACAUUGGAGGUGGUAGGACUUAGACCAGAGGCACAGUGGAAACUCCAAAACUCGGGGCACCUGCAGCUGGGCGUGCGAGGGAGACAGAAGCUGGGUGCCCCCUGGGGACCACAUUACUGACAGGAGCCCUUCCCGGGGCUGCAUAGACAACCCCCCACGUGCCGCUGUAUACAUUGCAUUGCAAACCAUUAUCGAUGUUCAACAUGUACUCGUGUGUAUAAAUAAAAUGCAUUCUUGAAGAAAAUCA